ACUGGAUUUAUGUAGUAAUGAACUUGAGAUUUCAUGUAUCUAUGGUAACGCAGUAGAUACCAAUCCACGACUAAUGUCAAAUUGAAUUAGUCGUUGUCAUGUUACCAACAUUACGAAAUGACAAUGACUUUUUGUUGAUUUGUAGUUGUUUUUCACUUUACCUAAAAUAAAUAAAAGAAAAAAAUAAUGAGCUACAGCACAGACAAACACGACGUACCAAUUCCAACAAAGGAAGAGUGGUUGUUGAUAUUAGAGGACAACGAUCUCGGCCGUAGCAAUAUGAACCAUCUUAUCAUGAAUUAUCUAGUCACAGAGGGUUUUAAAGAAGCAGCAGAAAAGUUCCAACAAGAAUCAGGAGUAAUACCAACUGUAGAACUUCAUUCAUUAGAUGACAGAAUCAGGAUUAGAGAUGCUAUAAUGACCGGUAGAAUUCAAGAAGCUACAGCUCUCAUUAAUCAGUUACAUCCUGAGUUACUAGACAAUGACAGAUAUUUAUAUUUCCAUCUGCAACAAUUACAUCUGAUUGAAUUGAUAAGAAAUAACAGGAUAGAAGAAGCUCUGGCAUUCGCCCAAAGUCAUCUAAGUGAAGCUGGUGAAGAAGAUCCGUCUGUUCUUUCAGAAUUAGAAAGAACCGUAGCACUUUUAGCAUUUGAAGAACCUCUAGCGUCUCCUUUUGGUGACCUACUUGCACCUUCACAUAGGCAAAAGGUGGCCAGUGAAGUGAACGCUGCUAUUUUAAAAAUGGAACAUCAAGAAAACACAGCUCCGAAAAUUUCCACCCUUCUCAAAUUAAUUUUAUGGGCACAAGAAAAAUUGAACAAAAAGAAUGUUAAAUAUCCAAAAAUAGUAGAUUUAGCAACCGCCCAUAUCGAAGAUAACAAAUAGAUUUUUUUAUGUAGCACCUAUAAGGAGUGAGGGGUACAAAUAGAAAAAUUUCAACAUAUAUAUUUCACUUUUGUGAGAUGCAUAUAGGAAGAUGUGUUUUUUAAUAGUAAAUGAAAAUUUUUUAAAAAAAAAUGUUCUACCUAAAAUGUCUUAUUUAUUCAUUUAUAAAUUAGAUGGAACGGUAAUUUAUAAUAAUAUUUCACCAAUUUUCUAGUUUAACAGAUUUAUAAAAAUUGUAACUUUUAGACUGUGAAUAUUUUAUACUUUUAUCGGUAUAUUUAAUAAUUUAAUUUCAAUAUAUUUGUUUUUGUAU